AAAAUUGAAUUUUUAAAAGUAUGAAGAACUCAAGAAGAGAUUAUGAAUUUAACUUAGAAACGAGUAAGAAGUCAAUGUUUCGAGAAUGUGUCAAUUGAGGGCAGGAAGCAUUGGAUGAAAGUAGGCUAAAUGAUAAGGAGCUAAACAAACGUAACCCUUAUUUCUAUUGACUUGAAUGAGCAAUGUCUUAUAACAAUAAAAGUCAAUUGAAGAUCGAAAAUGACAGUAGCAUUGACUAUAAUAUUUCUUCUAUGAAUGGGCCAGAUCCUGAUCAGGUUCAAAGAUCUCUCAAUGACAUUACCUUCAAAUUCAAUUCUCAAGUAAAUAACAUCAGAGGCAGUAAAUAUCUGAAAUCAAUGAUUCAGGACGAUGAAGCUUUAACUAAUGAUGAAAAUUUGGAAGAAAGCAAUGAAAAUAUUUUAAACUACUCUAAAAAGUUCAGAACAGAUCGCACAGAAGAUGAUGAUUCAGCAGAGAUUAAUAUAGCCAAUGAGGUAAAUAAAUCAGAAUCUUUCGAGGAGUAUAAGCCAUCCUCUGAAGAACAGAAGCAGUCCUUUACUAGCUUUAAUAGCUCAGUGCUUAAAGAAAGCCGACCUCGUGUUUAUGAAUAUAAUGACAACCUAAAUCCGAUGAAGAGUGCUGAAAAUGACAAAAUAAUGAAGAAGAGUGCUGAGUUUACCUUUAGGAAGCUCAAAGCUGCUCUGAAGACCUCCUAUGAAAACCCUACAGAAGGCUCUUCUAUGCCAUAUUAUAGCCAGAGGAGUCAGAUUUAUCCUAGGAAUGCAGAAAGUGUUUUGUAUGAAAGUGAACCUAGAAAUCUAAACAGUCAAAAUUUCAACGGAUCUAUUAGAUCCCACAGAAUUCAAAAUAGUGAAAUUUCUGGUGCGAAGGAUUCUCAAAGAGGUCGCCCCAGAUCUUACCGAUCCGACUUCAAGAAAUGCAGGUCAAAGAGUGAGAUCAAGAAAGACUUUGAAUUAAUGCGGUCGAAGCUGUUGGACAAGGAGUCUGAAAGGAUCACUCUUGAACAAGAUUUUCAACGAAAGAAUGCCCAAUUUAAGUCUAAGGAAGAAAAAUUAGAAGAAAUUUUAGCAAAAUUAAGAGGGAAAAUCCAUGAAUUAACUAAAGUAAACACUGAGAAAGUCAGAGAUAUUUGAAAGAACCAUGAAAGCGAACUGGAGAAAUAUAAGGAUGGCUACCAGCAUCAACUUGAAGAAUCUAUGAAGUUUCAAAAUGAAAGGGAAAGGAUCAAUAGAAAAGCUAAGGAAAAGGAAGAACUCGCUAAGCAGCUUGAGAAAGAGUGCGAAGAAACCCAAGCUAAUUACGAAUCUCGAAUGGAUGACAUUAAGGAGAAAAUCAAUACUUUAAAGAAGAGAGUGUCUGAAAUCCAAUCUAAAACUAAGGUCACAAAGGCAGAAACGACUAGAGUUGAGAAGAUGAUAACCAAAUUAUCUGAACGGAAUUAUGAGCUCACAAACCAAAUGAAGAAGACUAAUAUAUCAAUAGAGCACUAUUAUAAUGAGAAUAAUUUGCUUAAUGAUAUUGUUGACAAGCUGAAAAGACUUGUUCAAGGGUCGAAGAGUCACCCACUAGAGUCUAAUAGGAGCUCUGUGAUUAUUGAAGACAGCGAAUCUCUACAGAAGAAAGUUAACAAUAUGAAGCGGUCUUGAAGCUGAAAGAAGAUUGAAACUCCAUUUGAUAAAUCAAAGCAACGCUGCAAGAGUAACAACUUGUAUUAUGAUUCCUCAUAUGAUUACCACGGGCUUGGUAGUCGGAACAAUAAGAGUAGUAUGAUGGUGACUAAUCUGAGAAGGAUUAAUGAGUCAAUGAAUCCAAAGAUAAUAGGAUUGUCCAACUUUAAUUCCUCUAUCUGAAAUAAAUCAAACAUCAAAUCUGUGAAAGUUUAUAACUUCAAGAGCCAUGAUAAUGACUUGCAAAAGAAAUUGAAGACUUCUAGAAAGACUAAUAAGAUUUCAUCUGAAAUGUUCAAGAAAUUCUUAAAAAGCUAUAAAGAUAAAGGAAGGGUUAAAUCAAGAGCUAACAAGCAAGGUUCAGGUUCACUAAGCAACUUCUUUAAAGCUAGCCUAAAAUCUCCUCAGGGGAGUAUGAAGAUAGAUUUGAAAUGUAAAUUCCCAAAGAACAAGGCCCAUAUGAACUUUUUCAAGCAGAAAAUGUAUGAAUCAAGUUUGGAGUAAUCCCACCCUCCCAAAAAUUCUCCCUUUACAUAAAAUUUACAUCUACCUAACACUCA